GUCAUAGCAAAAGGCAAGAUCCUUUUCAGUGGAGAGAAGCAGGUGCCAAUUAUCCAGCAUGAGAAUCUGCAGGGCUCCUUCUCAUUGACUCAGACUAUUGGCAAUGACUUCCUGCCUGACAUCAGGCUUCUGCUGUAUGCUGUCUUCUUGGAUGGAGAGGUGGUGGCUGAUGUGGAAGAGUUUCAAGUAGAAAAGUGCUUUAGACACAAGGUGGCACUGGACUUCUCACACAAGGAGGAAGUCCCAGGAGCGAAAGUCAGUCUGAACCUCAAGGCUGUUCCAGGGUCCUUGUGCUCUGUCCAAGCUGUUGACAACAGUGUCCUCAUGAAGAAUAACAAUACCCUAACAGCAAACACAUUGUAUGAAGACAUCUUUGAUGACAGCUUUACAAUUGGAGGACGAGGGUUCCCUUAUCACUUGGAAGACUUUGAGGCAUACCCUUGUCUGCCCCAGCAGUCCAGUCUCCACAAAAAUACUCACAUGGUAGCACCAUGGUACCAAAGUGAUGCUGAUGUCUUUAAUCUGUUUAAGAAAUUGCACAUGAAAAUAUUAACUAACACUAGAAUCAAGAAACCAGUUUCCUGUAUGCAACCAGACUUUGUGGUAAAGAUGCGUGGUGGAAACAACCAUGUUGAUAAGGAACAUGUUGGCCACAGUGAUUCUGCACCUCGCUCUGAUAACACAAGGAAGCCAAAGCCACGGACACUUUCCCCAGAGACCUGGAUUUGGGAUUUGGUCUCUGUUGGGGAUGAUGGGCAAGCAUCUGUCCAAGUUACUGUACCUGACACCAUCACAGAAUGGAACACCAACACCUUCUGUGUUGCUGAUGCUGGCUUUGGGUUGUCUCCUUUGACCACUCUUAGGGCCUUCCAGGCUUUCUUUGUAGAUCUGUCACUGCCGUACUCUGUGAUCCAAGGAGAGACUUUCAGCCUAGAAGCCACUGUCUUCAACUACCUCAAGGACUGUAUCCAGGUGUGCACCACUCUCACAGAGACCCCAGAACUAAAGGUGGAUGCCUGUCCAGACUGCUGGUUUACCAGCUGCCUCUGCGCCAAUGAAGCAAAAACCUUUGAGUGGAAUGUGACAGCCACCAGGCUGGGUAAAGUAAAUGUCACUGUCAGCAGUGUAGCAGAAGAUUCACAUGAUCUGUGUGAUAAUAGGAUUGCUGUGACACCUUUGCAAGGGGAGAGAGACAUAGUGAUAAAACCUCUUCUUGUGAAGCCAGGAGGUGUCCUACAAGAGAAGACCCAAAAUGCCUUUGUCUGUGCUGCAGAUAACACCAUCUCUAAAGAGUCCUCCUUGACCUUGCCUGCAGAAGUGCUGGAGGGAUCUGGCCGAGCCACUUUCUCUGUGAUUGGGGACAUCAUCGGCCCAGCACUUCAAAAUUUAGACCAGCUGCUACAGAUGCCCUUUGGCUGUGGUGAACAGAACAUGGUUCACUUUGCACCAAACAUCUUCAUACUCCAGUACUUGAAUAAAACUAAACAGCUGGACCCAGAAAUUGAAGAUAAAGUAUUGAAAUUCCUGAGAACACGUUAUCAGUGUCAGCUGCUCUACAAACAUGAUGAUGGCUCCUAUAGCACCUUUGGGAAAGCUGACAACCAGGGCAACACAUGGCUGACAGCUUUUGUAGCCAGGUCCUUUGGACAAGCCAGCUCUCACAUUUACAUCAAUAAGGAUCAUGUGCACAAUGCUCUGCUCUGGCUGCAGAAGCACCAGCUGCCCAGUGGCUGCUUCCAGAGUGUGGGGAAGCUCUUCAACAAUGACUUGAAGGGUGGUGUGGACGAUACAAUCUCAUUAACAGCCUAUAUCACUGCUGCACUGGUGGAGCUGCAUCUGGAGAAUAAUCACACUGUGCUGGAUAAUGCUGUACAUUGCCUCAAGAAUGUAACACUUGAUAAGACCAGCCUUUAUGUCAAGGCCUUGAUGGCUUAUGUCUUCACACUGAGCAAGGACAUGGAGAUGAGAGAGCAGCUCCUGGGUAUGCUACAGAAGGAAACUGAAUUCAAACCUUUUGACUACUUCCUCAUUGCUGCUCUACUCAGCUCAGGACCCUUUGGUGGGUGCAUUUUUAUUAUUGUGCUGCUGAGCUUGGUUCUUCCUUUUGUCUGUUUAACUUGGAGAAAAAUGGGCUUCUAUGCUAAAUUAGGAUGCCAGACUGCUUUGUAUUAUAACCCACCACCAAAAACAGAAGAGGUCUUUGUCCUGGAUGUGGAAACAGUACCAAAAGUAUGCGAUGGUGUCAGGAAACAGCUUGUCCAUGUGUCUGUCAGUUACGUAGGGGACCUUGAGACCAGUAACAUGGCCCUGGUGGAGGUGGAGAUGCUGUCAGGGUUCUUUGCUGUGAAGAGCUCUGUGGAGGCACUGGAGAAGAUACCCCUGAUGAAAAAGACAGAGAUAAAACCAGACAAAGUCACAAUCUACUUGGAAGAGCUGGGUGAGACUUCUCUGAAGCUUAACAUCUCAGUGGAACAAGAUGUUGAAGUCCAGAACCUGAAAGCAGCAACAAUGCACGUCUAUGACUACUAUAAGCCAGAUGACCGUACAGCAAGAGAAUAUGUUUUCCCUUGCAGUUCAGGUGUCUCGAAGAAGGGUUCCUACUGGAAUGCCCUGGCUCUGCGACCAAUAAUCUGA